AUGUCUACCGAAGCUACCGUGAAAGCCUUCUUCAACUCCCCCCAAUUUGCCGUGGUCGGCGCGAGCACGAACCCCGCCAAAUUCGGCCAUAAGGUCUUCACCUGGUACCACGCGCACUCCCUCCCCGUAACCCCCAUCAACCCAGCCAGCACCUCGAUCGAGACGCCCUUCGGCGUGCACCCGACCAUCAAGUCGCUCGCCGACCUGCCGGACCCGGAACACACGUCGCUAUCGGUCAUCACGCCGGCGCCCGUGACGCUGAACGUGCUCAAGGAGGCCAAGAAGCUCGGCAUCCCGGCCGUGUGGCUGCAGCCGGGGACGUGGGACGAGGCCGUGCUGGCGUUCGCGCGAGGCACGGACUCUGAGAAAACCGCUGAGAGCGCCGAGGAGACCCCCGGCUACCAGGGCGCGGUCGUAGCCGGCGACGGUGGCAGCGGGCACGGCGGCUGGUGCGUGCUCGUCGACGGCGAGAGGGGCCUGCGGGCGGCGGGAAAACUGUGA